AGAGCGACGAUGGAAAAACAAAAGUACAAAAACGAAACGAAACAACAUGGCCGCAUGGCUCGGUGACAGCAGCCUCUCACAUAUCGGUACACGGAAUAGCUUAGAAUCUUUUGUUAACCAACAUUUUAAUAUUGAUAAUAGUGUUGUUGAUUGUGAGAAGUUUGACAGUGAGUCUGCAACUGUUCGUGUACGUAGUGUCGAAAACGGUGCCUUAUUAGAUACGUUACAAAGCGAAAUAAUUCCCAAGGACAAAAGAACGAAUCAUUUAAUUGGAACAGCAUCGGAUAACAAUGAAAAGCGGCCAGAUGUACCUCAGACAAACAUUGAGUUGGCAAAGUCCGUUAUGGAUAAAAGUAAACGUAAGAACGAUGACAACAGCAGUAGGUAUCACUGCGAGUAUGACGGGUGCGAACGAACCUAUAGUACCAUUGGCAAUCUACGGACACACUUGAAGACACACAAAGGUGAAUACAGGUUUGUGUGUUCGAUACAGUCGUGUAACAAAGCGUUCCUGACCUCCUACAGCCUUAAGAUUCAUGUCAGAGCCCACACCAAGGCCAAACCGUUUGCAUGCAACAUCGGCAAUUGUAAUAAAGCCUUUAAUACUCUAUAUAGACUGAGGGCACAUCAGAGACUCCACAGUGGAGACACUUUUAACUGUAAAGCCACCGGCUGCACCAAGUUCUUUACAACGCUCAGUGAUCUAAAGAAACACAUACGAACACACACACAGGAAAGACCUUACAAGUGCGUGACCACCGGUUGUGGCAAAUCGUUCACGGCGUCCCAUCACCUCAAGGCACACGCUCGCACACACGUCCCGAGACACGCCACACAUGUUACACUUACGCCACCAGCUGUACCUCAAGUCACGCCACAAAUCACGUCACAUAUCUUGCCACAAGCGUCGCUCGCCACCUGUGCCUUACAGAUGAAAUCCGAAACAUCGAAAGUAUCAUCAGAUAAUCCGAAAACGAACCAGGAGAUGACCUGGGACAGUCUGUUGGAGUCGUUCGGCAGGAUCACCACCGAGUCCAACUCCACCGACGACAGCUUGGAAGACAUCACCAGUGUGAACGCGCUCGCUAACAAUAACUUGGACAUCAACGAACUGCUCUUCGACAACUCGUCACAUACGGACGUUAACCAGAACAUGACGGAUUACAGUCUGACUGCCAUGGAAGAGCUGUCCUUCGAUAAAACAAGGAAAAACAACUGGACGGAAGUGACGGACUUGGACAUAGCGUUACCCUCGACCAGUAAGAUGGAGGUGAAAACUGAGGCGAUCCAACUGGCUCUGGCCAACGAAAUAGAGGUCCAAGCGCCUUGGAUAGACGUCACGGCCCUGGCGUCUUCCAUACAAGAAGCUCCCGUCAGCAUUAAAGACAAAACUCCUGAAAACAUAUUCACCCUAGCGACAUUCGUGCCCACGCACAUGCAGAGUUACAUGGACCUGAACAGUGAGGCGCUGCCCACUGCGAAUAUCAUCUCACAGGAUUUCCUCGACACGCCCAACAUCCUGGACGUCAGCGACAAGGUCUUCAACGAUAGCGAGCUAGUGACAAACAUUGAUAAAAUGGCGGACUUCCUCAAAAACGACGAUCGGUCUCUGAACACCCCCUCGCCCAAGAUACAGCACGCCGUUGAAAUAAAUCCGUCGAGUUCCGUCCUCUUCAAUACGGACCUAACUCUGGAAGACACGCUGCUGUUCGACAACGAACCGCCGUCGGACAUGUACGUGGUGCAAACGGAAAACGUGUUCGGUAGAAAAAUGGAGAACCCGUUGAAGAAGCUGACGUCGGAUGUGGGGAUAUGUUCAUGUGAUAGUUGUGAGUGCGGCGCCGACAGCGGCGAGUGCAGGGCGUGCGGGGCGAAGGCCGAGGGCGGAGCGCCCCACGAGGACAGGUGCUCGUGUGUAGUGUGCGAGUGCGAUCAGGACAAGAUGAAGUGUGUGGCGGGGUGUGGGAAAGCUACGGACACCCAGAACAACACCUUCCUAGACUAUCACAAGCGACAUAACAACUCCAACCUCGAAGAUUUGGGGGUUUUCGUGCACAACUGUGACAACUUCGCUCUCAUCGACAGCAUCAAGUGUUCCUGCAACCAUGACCAGGGCUCGGUUGACACAGCGGGCUGCUGUCACACUGGAGGCAAACAAGGAACAUCCAGCAAGGCAUGUGGUGAAGCCGAGUCAAGUGGAGCAACUAGCAAGACAUGCUGUAAUAAAGAUUCUGAGCACACGAACUCAUGCUGCGUGACGAUUUGCUUCAAGAAGCUAGACGCCUUCAAAGAUUUCUUAAACAGUAACGAUCUAUUAAAUGCACUGAAAGGGAACAGUCUGACCAGCAGCUCAUGAAGCAUCGCAUUUAGUACCAUGGGGGCCCUCACUCGUUAUCUGCCUAAUUUAUAAUAUUUAUUAAUAAUUUUUUGAUACCCUUUACAAAUAUUUCUAUUGUAUUAAGAUAAUUAUUAUAUCUGUUAAAAGUUACCGAGCAAUAUUAGUUAUUUAAUGUAUGGAGACUUGAAAUGUAUAGUUAAAUGUAUUCGAAGUAAUGUCGACUUAGUACAAAUGUUUUAAUAUGAAACAGGUGUCCAGUGAUAUUUAUUACCAAAUGAAAUUAAAUUUCAAAUUUUAUAUGAACACUUAAAUUUAAGAACCCAAAGAAUCUAGUGAUGACAUUUCCUAUACACUUUAAACGAUGUCUUGCCUUUUAUAAGAUUUUAAUGUACUUAAAUGUAUUUAAUACUGUGCCAUGAUCAUUAUUAAUAUGUGAUGUUACAAACGUUAUAUAUGGUGCUACUUACAUGAAGGAACCGGUGCCUUCACAUUGUUUUAAUGGAGCUUAAUAAUAUUUAGGAUUUAGUAAUACCGAGCGUAACAUCUAGUCCUCAUAACAAAUAAAGCGCUUUUUAAAUA